GGAGGAGCGAGAGAGCGGAGACGGCUGGGUGUGUCACAUCCACCGAGAGAGAGAGAAGACAGAGGAGACACACCGGGAUCGCACGAGGACCUGCUGCGCUCUCUCUGCACGGCCAUGGGGGACGUUCUAUCGAGUCACCUGGAUGAAAGCCGACGCCAGACCAUCGCAGAGCAUACAAAGAAACUCUUGGCAGAGUUCGGGAAGAUUUAUGAGGAGCAGUAUGGAGUGGCGCUGUUCAACAGUGUACGCUAUGAGAUUGAAGGCAACGGAGGACCGCAGACGCAGCUACUACAUCGCAAGACGCCUCUCCAAGACCGUGUGAUCUUUUCUGGAAACCUGUUCCAGUUUCUGGAUGAAACCAAAAAAUGGAGGAACCGCUUUUGUGUGGUUCCUCAUCACUAUGGCCCGGUGCUUUAUGAGAACAAAAUAGCUUAUGAGCGUGGCCUACAGCCCCGAGCUGGCAUCAAUUGUGCUGGGUACAGAGUAAUAACCUCCCUGGAUCAAUAUACUGAAUUGCUGAAUAACAUGGUUCCAGGUGGCAAGGUAAAGGCUGGCAGUGCCCCAAUGAAAUGUGCCACUCAGUUCCCCAUUAUUCUUUGGCACCCUUUCUGCCGGCACUACCAUUUCUGUGUGAUGACUGAACGUGAGCAAGAGAGAUGGAGCGCAGUGUUCCAGGACUGCGUGCGUCACUGCAAUAAUGGUAUCCCAGAGGACGCUCGCGUGGAAUCUGCCGCAUUCACAGACUCAGUGAGAUUUUUCAGACAAGCACGGGACCAAUACGGAACAUGGGACAUGCUGUGCGGCAAUCAAGUACAGGUCCUCAGCAACCUGGUAAUGGAUGAAAUCCUCCCUGAUCUGAAGAACAGCAUCGGUCCCAGACUCCGAGGAAAACCUCAGGAUCGGCAAAGAACCUGGCUGAUGAUUUCAGACACCGUGUACCGGAUGGUGCAUGAGCAGACCCGCAUCUUCUUUGAGGGCCUUGAAAAGCGCUGCAGCGACAAGCGAGCGGAGAUGGAGAGUCAGAUCCGAACAGACAUGGACCAGAUCAUUGCUUGCAAGGAGCACGUGUCCAACAAGAUCCGAGCCGCCGUGCUUCCAAAAGCAGAGUUGUGUGUGAGGAAUCACGUCCAGACCCACAUCCCAUCUAUCCUGGAAGCCCUGAUGGUUCCAACCAGUCAAGGCUUCUCCGAGGUUCGGCAACUGAUCUUCACGGAGGCCACCGACAUGAACAAGAACAUUGUGAAUGAGGGAGGAAAGGAGAAGCUGGGAGAGCACAUGGAGAAGAUCUCACAACUGGCCUAUCACCCAGUAAAAAUGCAGCAGUGCUAUGAGAAGAUGGAUCAUCUGAAUCUGGAAGGACUGCAGCAGAGAUUUGACGUGGGAAGUCCGUCUGUAUUCAAGCAGAGGGCACAGAUCCUCAUGAGGGAGCUGACAGACAACGCCGUGUACACAUUUGAACAGCUCAUCCACCAGGAACUGAACAAGUCAGAAGGUGGAGAGAACCUGUGCAGAGACAUCCAACGUAUAUUGGAGCGUGUUCUCAAGAAAUAUGACUACGACAGCAGCAGCGUCCGCAAGAGGUUCUUUCAAGAAGCAUUACUGCAGAUCAUCAUUCCUUUCCUCCUGAAGAAGCUGGCACCUACCUGCAAAUCGGAGUUGCCUCGAUACCAGGAACUUAUAUUUGAGGAGCUGUCGAAGUUUGUUCUGGUGGAGAACACAUAUGAAGAGGUUGUGCUGCAGACUGUGAUGAGGGACAUCGUGCAAGCUGUAAAAGAUGCCGCCACGCAGCGAAAACAUAACUUGUUCCGGGACAGUAUGGUAUUGCACAACAGUGAUCCCAACCUUCACCUCCUGGAAGAUGGGCCUCCCAUUAAUUGGACUGAAAAUCAUUCCAACAACACGGAUUCCUCUGGAGGUCGGCAUGGUAGACAACGCCAAGUGGUAUCCCUUAUUCAGGACGACGACGCCCCUGAAUACCUGGAAUCCUGCCAGGAGGCCCCAGCCAAUGACAAUAUCCCUGAAGAACCAGAGUCCAGCGAUGUUGGCACAAUCCGAGGCAUGCUUGUCAAAGAGUUUGAUGUUGAGGUUCCAGACGAUACACAGAUCCCACAACAUGACAUAGCACAAGCACCCCAACAUGCACUACCGGAGGAACAGGUGACACAGGUCACUCAAUCCCACACAGAGCAGGUGAGGCCCAAUGACCCUCAGGCCCAGGAAGAAGAGAACACGUCAUUUGGUGGACAUCCUGAAGAUAAUGUGGAUCACAGUCAUGUAGAGCAGACAGUGGCACCUUCCACCACAGAUGCGUCUCCAGAAAGAGCAUUGGUACACAAUUACCAGAGGGUUUCAGAUCAUACAGAACAAGGCGGCCAUGGUCAUCAGGAAGAGGAACCACCCCAUCAUUUGCUGACACAAGAACAUUUGCGCACAGAUGAUCAAAAGUUACUUCAUGAGGCUGCUCCUCAAUUAAGUGACAACAAGGCAGUCAACCACGAAUCAGUCAUGGAAUAUGUGAGCCAUGAACGCCACGCAGCAGAGGAGCCGAAACACCACGCAGCAGAGGAGCCGAAACACCACGCAGCAGAGGAGCCGAAACACCACGCAGCAGAGGAGCCGAAACACCACGCAGCAGAGGAGCCGAAACACCACGCAGCAGAGGAGCCGAAACACCACGCAGCAGAGGAGCCGAAACACCACGCAGCAGAGGAGCCGAAACACCACGCAGCAGAGGAGCCGAAACACCACGCAGCAGAGGAGCCGAAACACCACGCAGCAGAGGAGCCGAAACACCACGCAGCAGAGGAGCCGAAACACCACCCGUCACAGGAAAAAACUGUCCAUCCCGAGAGCUUGCCUUGCCAGUUGCCGCAAGUGAUUAUUACUUCACUUGCCACUCCUUUAGAAGAGGACACCCAGUCUGAGGGGCUUCACAAUUCCACGUCGCAUGCAGUACAUUCCACCCCAGAUGAUAGUGGCUUCCAAUCACCCAUGAGCGAGGAGGAGGAAGAGGGUGAAGGGUACCGGGAAACUGUACCAGCUCCACAAAAGAAAGAAGAGGUCAUUACCAAGUUCUGAGGCCCUGCACAAUGGGACUAAGCUUUUACUAUGAACUUAUGGAGGGUAGAAGCAGCGCCAGAAUCUCCCUCCUUUUGGCACAAAACGUCUUAUUUAAAUGCUUUUUUUUUUUGCUCUGCACCACACCCCACCCCUUUAGCUAUGCCAACGCUGGAGUUUUUGCUAUUCCCUAUGACAUACAGUGUUUUAAUAUUCCACAAUCAUCACCCCCCUAUCCGCGUCGUGUAAUGUUGUCCCCCAACCCCCCACUGUAAUUCACUAGUGCAAGUUUUAUCCUCCGAGCUUUAAUGUGCAAUGUUACUAUUCCCGUCACAAAGCUUCCAGUACUGCCACUAUCACAGACGAUUGUUUCUCUUUCUAGGACACACACACUCAUCUGCACACUGCUUUGUAUAAACACUCGGUACACAGCAACGAGACACAAACACUAACCCAAAGAAAAGCGCCUUGAGGUGCCCUUCCGUGGAGGACUUCACUGCGCAGACCCUACAGCCUCCCUUGCAUGUGAUGGAUGGUGUGUGGUGUUAUGGGUUCAUUCUCAUACACAAUUUCACAUUGUUUAUGUAAAACACAACUUUACCUGAAAUAUCCACAUUCUGCAAAGGUCCAGCCAUUCCAAUAGGUCUUGCAAUCUAAAAACGAGGACAUACUCCAAAAGAGGUUCUUAUAUAUCUGAACGUUAGGUUGUCCUCUAUAAACAUAAGGAUUUAGCUUCA